GGACUUGUCUAUACGUACCAAGGUAAUCACAGCUCUUGCUCCCUGUGUUUCUGUGCCAUGGACAAGUGCGCAAAGUCGCCCAACAACAGUGCGCAAGAGAGUCGGCGCGAGGCAUCUCAGCAGACAUCGUCGGUCCCUCCUCGCCAUGGCGAAUCCUCUCACCUCGGGCGAGCGCACACAUCCCACGCCAUGAACGCAGCCAUCGACCAGGACGCGGCGCCCAGAGAUGAGGCAGAGGCGUCGACCAUCCACGUGCGGGCGCUGGUGGCCGCCGCGCAGCAGCAGAGGACGCGGCGUCGCAGGGGAUCCCUCAGGAAGGUUGCGCUUCUGGGCAGAGGCGCGCAGCGCGACAGGAGGGACGGCCGGCCGCUGGUCAUUGACACCGAGGCCAUCGCGGAUGUGCCUGUCUCUGCCGAAUCUGGUCGCUUCAGUCCGGCGUCUGCCUCUGCCUCUGCCUCUGGGAGCACGGUGCACGACGCUCUCGGGCUCGACAUUUCCCCUGUCUCGUCCCCGACAAGUGAAUAUCCUUGCCAGCCCAGUCCCAUUGGCUCGCCAACUUCUCAAGCGUGCUUCGAGCCCGGCCAGGCGGACAUGUACAGCUUCACGACAGACGAGGAAGACCUGAUGCAGCUGGAGACGCAUGCCUCUGCGGCCUUGCGGUCCAGCCUCCCUCUGUCCUCCGGGUCCGAGUCUUACUACGCUGGGCGAGUCGCCGCUGAACGCCGACAAAAGGCCAAGUCUCCUCUCUCCUAUUCCGCCUCGACGCUGCCUCAGCCGGCCGUGGGCUGGGACUAUUCCGAGACCGAGUGGUGGGGAUGGGUUGUUCUGACGGUCACCUGGUUCGUCUUCGUCAUGGGGAUGGGCUCUUGCCUCGACGUCUGGAGCUGGGCGUGGGAUGUAGGUAAGACGCCGUAUGCACCUCCCGAGCUCGAGGACGACCCUACUCUGCCCAUCGUGGGCUACUAUCCCGCGCUCAUCACUCUGACGUGCGUCAUGGCCUGGGUCUGGGUGGUUGUUGCUUGGGUGGGAAUGAAGUACUUUCGGCAUGCGAAGAUUAGUGGUGAUUGA